GGUUAAAGCAGACAAGUGGAAAAAACAACAGACAGAUGCACAAACAGGAUGGUGAGCAGGGACAGAUGACCACAGCAGAGGAGCACAAAGAGUUAAAUGAAUGGAAGUCACAGCCAAUCAAGGCCAACCCAUCUCAACCCAGCAGCCUCCAGAGCUGUAAAAAGAGGAGGUUUUCUCCACAGGGCUCCUCUCUUUCCUCCACACUGACGGCUGCAUGUUCUCUCAGACCUGAUAAGGAAUGACCACCAAGCUUCAAGCAGAAAACUGGAAAAAACUAAAGUUUUCAAAGCAUAAUUUCUGGAUCUUAAGAGGCCCUGAAGCUCAAGAAGAGCCUCAAAGGAAGUUCUUACUGACUGAUAAAAUAAAAAAAUAAGCACCAGAAGAAGUACUGAUGGAACACCAGAGAAGAACACAGCUUAGAUUUGGGGCACAAGUUCCUUCAACACAACCCGAGGAAGACAAAAUGAUCUGAGAACGCUGAGCGUUGUUCUGUUUAAGUCGACAGUCGAAAAGACGUCAUGUUGUCUGCGCAGGGAAUUGGUGUUUUGGCUGUUUUCCACAGUGUAAUAACAGUUACUGCACUGAUAGACUCAGAUGAUGUCAUCACACGAGACGAGCAGAUCUACGUUCUGAUUGGUGCUCAUGCCAGGUGUGAAAGGAGCAUCCAGGCACAAAUGGCCCUUAUUACAGAAGGUGACUGUGUCCCGGAGUGGGAUGGGAUCAUCUGCUGGCCACGGAGCAAAGCUGGUCAGCUGGUGUCCAUUCUGUGUCCAGAAUACAUCUACGACUUCAACCACAGAGGACGAGCCUACCGCCAGUGUGAUGCUUCAGGGAACUGGGAGCUGGUUCCCAGCAUCAACCGCACCUGGGCAAACUACACUGAGUGCACCAGAUAUCUGAGCUCCAACCACAGGAGCCACGAGGAGAAGGUGUUUGAACGACUUCACCUCAUGUACACUGUUGGCUACUCCAUUUCUCUCGCAUCUCUGCUGGUGGCCGUCUCCAUCCUCUGCUAUUUUAAACGGCUCCACUGCACCCGCAACUACAUCCACGUUCACCUCUUCACCUCCUUCAUAUGUCGAGCAGUCAGCAUUUUUGUGAAGGACGCCGUGCUCUACUCCAUAUCUGAUGACAGCAGAACUGAGCCCGAGUUCACAGCAGAGAAGCCCCAUAUGGCUGGUUGUAAAGUGGCCGUUACUCUCUUCCUGUACUUCCUGGCAACUAAUCACUACUGGAUCCUGGUGGAGGGUUUGUACCUCCACAGCCUCAUCUUCAUGGCCUUCCUGUCUGAUAAGAACUAUCUGUGGGCCCUGACCAUCAUCGGCUGGGGAGUUCCAGCUGUGUUUGUGUCCAUCUGGGUCAGUGCACGAGCUUCACUAGCAGACACUCAAUGUUGGGACAUCAGUGCUGGAAACCUGAAGUGGAUUUAUCAAGUUCCCAUCCUGGCAGCCAUUGUUGUAAAUUUCCUCCUUUUCAUUAACAUAAUUCGUGUCCUGGCCUCUAAACUGUGGGAAACUAACACUGGGAAACUGGACCCCCGGCAGCAGUACAGGAAGCUGCUCAAGUCCACAUUAGUCCUCAUGCCCUUGUUUGGAGUCCACUACAUGGUGUUCAUGGCUCUUCCCUACACUGAGGUCUCUGGGCUGCUGUGGCAGGUGCAGAUGCAUUAUGAGAUGUUCUUCAAUUCUUCACAGGGUUUUUUUGUGGCGUUUAUCUACUGUUUCUGCAAUGGGGAGGUGCAGGCGGAGGUAAAGAAGGCUUGGUUAAGACGCAACCUGGUGCAGGACUUCAAACAGAAAGCCAGGAUGACCAGCAGCGGCGGCGGAGGCAGCUGUUACUACGGCGGCAUGAUGUCCCACACCACCACCCACAGUGUCAGUCUAUCUGCUGCCCAUCCCAGAGCUCUGUCCUUCACCGGGGGAGUGGUGGCCUCAGCUGGAGCUGCUGCUGGAGGGUCGGGGGUCAGAGCGCCGCGCCACGCUUUCCCAGCGUCCCCCCACCCGCACAGCAGCCUGCGUGGACCCGCUGCCGGUGACUCCGAGACCCCAGGACCCCAACAGGAACUGGCUCUGUGGAAACCAGGGGGGGCUGAGUCAGGGGUUUUUACCAGACAUGCCAGAGCCGCCAGAGGAAACGAUGCGUGUGAAAGUCAUGCAGCAGAAGACCCUGACAACUCCUUAUCUGUGAAAGAACUGGAGACCAUCUUGUGAUGGAUUGUUGCUGUUAAGAAGGAUCAUGUUGCAUAAUCGAGAUCUGGAGAGCAUCUGCUGAGGGGAGCUUGUGGUGAGACGCUUUUGUCAACAUCAAUAAAAAUUUAUGGGUUUUUUUCUGUUGACAGGAUCAAAUUUGAGCCACAUAAACAACGUGUUUUGUCAACACUGAACACCAUUACUCAUUAGUGCGCACCAGACCAGACUGCAUGACUGCAUGCUUUGAAGAGCUGUGACGAUUAUUCAGUUAGUUGUCAGCUGUUAAAUUAAUCUUCAACUAUUUUGAUUAGUUGGUUUGCAAGGUAAAAAAGUCCAGUUUCUCUGAUUGCAUCUUCUUAGAUGUUGUUUUUUCUGUCCUCCUCUUUGACAGUAAACAGAAUGUCUUUGGAUUGUGGACAAAACAAGACAUUUGAGGAAGUCAUCUUAGGCUUUGGGGAACACUGAUUGAAAUUUCCCACCAUUAUCUGACAUUUUAUAGAUCAAACAACGAAUCGAUUAAUUGACAAAAUCUCUACAGACUGCUCUCACACAGCUGUUAGUAGCGGCCCUACAGCUUCAUCAUACAUAACUUAUGGAUUGUGUUUAACUCUCAAGUUGUGGAAGCAGUUUUCAUGUGGGUUUCUUGUGGAUCUAGUUCUAAUGUGCUUUCGUUUAACUUUUAUGCGCUUUUAGUUGAUGUAAAAGAAAUGUAAAUACAUCAUUCCCUAAAUAUUCUGUGAAGUCAAAGGACAGACCUGGAUGUGUAAAUAGUGUUUUUCUCGUCUUUCCUGUGUUGGAUUUUCCAGGCCCUACCGGCUGACCUCUAUAUUUCAAAGAGCACUUCCUACAAUGCCCUGUUUCCAAACGUAGACCUCCACAUAUUUGUUAUAUAUUUAUAACAGACAAAAUGUGAAUUCCAUGGAUACUUUCACAAUCCUCAUGUCAUAGUUUGGUCACGUUAAAGAGUCCCUAGUGUCUAGACAUGCUGUCUAGACAAAUCUGCACAUAGUUGUUGCUGUGUUGUCUACACGGUUCUAUUUAUCACGCUGACAGCACCCUGAGGGCUGAUGAACAAACCCUUUGCCCCUUGCAGGCCAAACCUAGCUCCUUCCUCCGUGUAACCUCUGCCCUGAACGCCAUCACAACACCAUCCAGAAUUUCUCACUCUCCCCUCAGGCCUCGGCUCGGAGACGGAGGCACCUGAGCUGUUUGUAGACCUCGAGCCUGAGUGACAAACCGGCAGCACAAGACGCCAGUAUUCACACGAUAAAUGCACACGGAAACUGUACCUGCAAAUAUUUUAGGUUUAUUUAGGUGUCCAGAAAGAAAAGACGCCUGGUCUGUGUUUAUAUGAAAUGUACAGUGUAAAAAUAAUGAUGAUAAUUUAAUGGAUGUUUGUCUUCAUGUGUUAAAUAAACUUAACUCCGAACUGAA